AUGGCGCAACCGCCUCCGCCUCAGCGGACGGGGAGCGUGGGCCCGGCAAGCGCAGGAGGGAUGGGCGCGCCGCAGUCUGCAAAUACGCCUGGCGGGCAAGGACAGGGUGGCCAGCAGAACCUGAAUCAGAUUGUCCUCGAAUAUCUCUCCAAAAAAGGAUACAGCAGGACAGAGGCUAUGCUACGGCGCGAAAGUGCACACACCGAUGCCAACGGCCAGCCUAUCCUAACACGUUUCGACGACAUCGGCGGCAGGAAAUACACCAAGGCCUUCACCCUCGUGCAAAACUGGAUCGACAACAUCCUCGACAUCUACAAGCCCGAGCUACGGCGAGUCCUCUGGCCCAUCUUUGUCCACUUCUUCCUCGGCUUAAUUGCCGACUUCUUCCCCCGCGAUGCCGAGGACUUCUUCCAAACUUUCAAAGGCCCGUUUGAGAAUGAGCAUGAGGAUGAUUUGCGUGCUCUCGCUCCUCUCAAUCUACCCGAACACGUCCAACAGAGCGAGAUUGGCAAGCUCUACCGCGACAACAGAUACCGCAUCACUCUCAGCAGCAUGGCUUACAUGACGCUCAUGCAAUUCCUCGAAUCACACGACCGGGAGGGUGGAAGCUUGAUCACCACAACCCUCAACACCCACUUUGACUUACGUUCUGUAGAUCGUGCGAACGCCGGAGGUGCGCGUGGGCUCGCCAAACUCCUCGCAGACCGUAAUGGUGACGCAGACGAGCCCGCGGAAGACGAAGGCAUCCCGGGACACAACGCCGGCUCCGCCAAUCUCGAUCGUAAUGCGCCGACCGUCCUCUCCAAAUUAUCACUCGGUCCGAUGCCGAUGGAGAGUGACCUCAUGGAGGAUGUCAAGGCCGAGCUGCAGGAUCUCGAUGCAUCUAAUCCGCCCAAAGCCGGGCAGAAUUCACUGAUGGACGAAUUUGAGGAACGCAUCAAACGAGAGCCCAUGGAUGACGUCCCGAGUCGCGACACCCUGCCGUUCCCUCCAUCCACCGCCAGAGAUGUGGCGAUGGAGGUGCAAAAGGUGAAGGAGAAUCGAGAUCGCUUCCGUAUCGAAGGUCGUGAUGGUCGCUCUGGUGGGAUUGGGCCGGGGGUCAGUGUGACCAUGUUUACAUUUCACAACACCUUUGACACGGUGAAUUGCAUCGAGUUCUCGGGCGACAAUUCUCUGGUUGCUAUCGGUACUGCUGAAUCCUACAUUCGAGUCUGGUCGCUCGACAACCAACCACUCGUCACCGCCUCCGAUCCAGCUGGCACACCACCUCCCGCCUCGCGCCGUCUGAUCGGACACUCUGGUGCCGUAUACGCCAUCUCCUUUUCCCCUUCGAUCGCAAUACCCACAAACGAUCACGCCGACUCUCCCACAUCCCCAGACUCGCGCCCUCGGUACCUCGUCUCUGGAUCUGCCGACAAAUCCAUUCGCCUCUGGUCCCUCGACACGUGGACCAACCUUGUCGUCUACAACGGCCAUCAAUCGCCGGUUUGGGAUGUUCGCUUCUGCCCUCACGGCCACUACUUUGCAUCCGCUUCUGCAGACCGUACGGCGAUGCUAUGGAGCACACCACACAUUGCACCCCUCCGCAUCUUUGCUGGCCACGAUUCCGACGCUGAAGCCCUCGCAUGGCACCCCAACGGCGCUUACGUCUUUACUGCAUCCGGCGGCGGCGACAAGACGGUGCGAAUGUGGGAGAUUGUGCGGGGAUCCGCGGUGCGCCUCUUCACCGGUCACACGGGUAAUGUCACUGCGCUGGCGUGCUCGCCGAGCGGUCACUUUCUGGCAAGCGCUGAUGAUCGCGGCGAAAUCAUCCUCUGGAAUCUGCCUACGGGCCGGCUGCAGAAGCGGAUGCGCGGGCAUGGACGUGGUGGGAUUUGGUCUCUCGAUUGGUGUGUCGAAUCCACUCUGCUGGUGUCUGGCGGUGCGGACGGGACAGUGCGCGUGUGGGACGUGCAGAGCAAUAAAGAGACGCAGGGCAAAGCCAUUAGCGAGGGAGGCGCGGGCGGUGCAGCCAAGAUGGACGGGGCUUCUGGUGGGGGUGCCAGCAGCGGAGUUGCUAAGAGCAAAGCGAAGAAGGAUGUGGUGGUGAGUCCGGAUCAGAUCUCCGCUUUCCCCACGAAAAAGAGCCCGGUGUAUAAGGUGCGGUUUACGCAGAUGAAUCUGGUCGUGGCGGGCGGGGCAUAUUUGCCGUGA